UUUCUCCAUUAUGUGUCUUGCAUGCUUCGUGAUCUUUUUCAGCGGGUGAAGGAUCGUGUGCUUGUGUCAAAAAGGAAUGCAAUUUGUCGAUUAAUAAGGAAUUUAUCGAAAAUAACACGAAAUGAAACCUUUGAUGUUACACGGGCACGAGCGUGCCACCACUAAAAUUAAAUAUAAUAGAGAAGGAGAUUUGUUGUUCUCUGCGAGUAAAGACAAACAACCUAACGUUUGGUAUGCGCUGAAUGGGGAACGUCUUGGGACAUUUAAUGGUCACAAUGGUUCUGUAUGGUGCAUCGAUGUUACUUGGGACACCACACGCUUAUUAUCAGGUAGUGGUGACAAUACACUGCGAGUCUGGGAUUGUCAAACUGGCAAAGAAAUAGGCCAAUUGCACACAAACAGUUCUGUGAGAACGUGCGGGUUUAGUUAUUCAGCAAAUCUCGCUGUGUUCUCCACUGACAAAGCUUUGGGUCAUCAGUGCGAAAUGUUUAUUAUGGAUGUAAGAAAUGUUGAUUCUACAUUGUCGCAAGAGGAUGCAAUUUCUAGGAUCUCGGUCAAUGGUCCUAGAAUCUCUGCUAUAUUAUGGGGCGCAAUGGAUGAGACCAUUAUUACAGGCCACGAAGACGGUGAAAUUAAGCUCUGGGAUGUUAGGACGGGAAAGAAGUUGUCCAGCGUCAAAGGUCACAAAUCUCAAAUAAACGAUAUGCAAUUCAACAAGGAAGGUACAAUGUUUGUGACUGCGUCCAAAGAUCACACAGCAAAACUUUUCGACAGUGAAUCCUUAGUGCUACUGAAGACGUACAAAACGGAAAGACCUGUAAAUUCAGCUACAAUAUCACCAAUUUUUGAUCAUGUGGUUCUUGGUGGAGGUCAAGAUGCCAUGGAUGUUACUACAACGUCCGCACGACAAGGCAAAUUUGAUUCACGAUUCUUCCAUCUAGUAUUCGAAGAAGAAUUUGCACGUUUGAAAGGGCACUUUGGUCCCAUUAAUUCUCUCGCUUUUCAUCCCAACGGUCGCAGUUACUCGACAGGUGGAGAAGACGGAUAUAUACGUAUUAACAAUUUUGAUCAAUCUUAUUUUGAUUUCCACUUUGAGUAUUAAAUUUACAAUUGGAGACAUGUGUACAUGAUAAAAUAUAUAUCAUUCUACGAAAAAAUGUA